AAAACACCAUCGUCAACUGCCGCUUUGGGCUUUCUUCCCCGUGAUGCUGGCCACAAGGUUAUCAGCCCGCCGGUCAGCCAUCUCAAAUGGCCUCCGUCUCUUCUCCUCGCGCCCAAUUGUAAAAACCCACUCCCAUGGCCGCAUAUCAAAUCGCAUCCUGCACGCGCAAACUACCUCAUCCGCGCUCCAGGACACGGCGCCAGUCUAUCAGCCACCCAAGACAGGACUGCUCGCGCACAUCCCGCGUGCAGCAGUCCCCUACGCCGAGCUGAUCCGUCUGGACAAGCCCGUCGGCACCUACUACCUCUUCUUCCCCUGCCUCUUCAGCACCCUCAUGGCCGGCCUGCACACCGUCCCCGCCGCGCCGCCCAGCAGCGUAAUUGGGCUCAGUGCGCUGUUCCUGACAGGCGCGCUCGUGAUGCGCGGCGCUGGUUGCACCAUCAACGACCUCUGGGAUCGCAAUCUGGACCCGCACGUGGCGCGCACGCGGCUGCGCCCCAUUGCCCGCGGCGCCGUGACGCCCUUCAACGCGGUCAUCUUCACUGGCGCGCAGCUGCUGACAGGCCUGGCAGUGCUGCUGCAAUUCCCCUUCUCGUGCUUCUGGUACGCGACGCCCUCGCUCAUCCUCGUGGCGACCUACCCGCUCGCCAAGCGCGUCACGUACUACCCGCAGGCCGUCCUGGGUCUUACCUUCUCCUGGGGCGCGAUCAUGGGCUUCCCCGCGCUGGGCGUCGACUUGCUGGCCGACAGCGCGGCACUGACGGCCGCCGCCUGCCUCUACGCCAGCAAUAUCGCCUGGACGGUGCUGUACGACAUGAUCUACGCGCACAUGGACAUCAAAGACGACGUCAAGGCCGGCAUCAAAAGCAUUGCACUCGCGCACGAGUCCAACACCAAGACGGUGCUCACCGGCCUCGCCGUCACGCAAAUCGGCCUGCUUGCCGCAGCGGGCUCGGCUCUCGGCGCAGGCCCGCUGUUCUUUGCUGGCAGUUGCGGCGGCGCGGCGCUCACGCUCGGAACUAUGAUCUGGCGUGUCAGGCUGAGUAGCCCCGCGGACUGCUGGUGGUGGUUCAGGAACGGUUGCUGGUUCACUGGCGGGGCCAUCGCGACGGGGCUGGCGGGCGAGUAUGUCGCGCGGCUUCUGGGGUGGUACGACGAGCAGGAGAAGAGCGAGCUGGUGAAGCAAGAGUAGGGGACAUUGAGCCUGGCAGGUCUGCUGGGUGUUAAUGAAUAUGCCUUCACUGUUGAAAUACACCGUGAAAGCAGAGGCGAUCUCGAGGAAAAGUAAGCAGCAUCCGCUAUAAGAAGGCUGUAAGAGCCAAAAAGUCAUUCGUACACACAUCAAAAACAUAUAUAAUCACCAGAUCUCAACCUCAUCCAAAAACGCAACCACUCCAUCCAUCAGUACCAACGAAAUCCCCCCAAAACCAAACCCUCAACCAAAUCCACACACGAAACAAACCCAAACAAACCAUCCUACCAAUCACCACUCAUAACCCCCCCCCCCCCCCC